ACGUGAUAGAGUUUGUUUAUACCGCUCAGAAAAUUUUAAUCUCUUAAUUUACAUAGAAUCAUAGAUAUUUGUAAGUAUGGAGGAAAUUUCUGCAUUUGCUGCAUAUAACUUAAAUAAAUCUAAGUCAAAAAAUAAGUCUAAAAAGAAAUCUAAUUCAUCAAAAUUUGAAAAUGGCUUGAAUAAUAGCAAUAAAGAUAAAAGCAACAAAAAAGCUAAAGAAGCAGAAAAACAAGCGAUGAUCAAUCAAAUCUUAGAGCAGCAUUUCAAAAAAAAACAUGGAAAAUCUAAUAAAAGAAAGAAAAACUUAAGCCUGGAAAAAGAGGAAGAUCAAGAACGAAAAAAGACGAAGUUUACUACUUCGACUCCUCGCGAUACCCUUGUAAGGAAAAAGAAAACUAUUCCAAAAAGGAGUGUCGAACUUAAAAAAUCUAGUGAAAAAGUUUGUGUUUCCGAACCAUCUUCAACUUCGAUGUCCGAUAAAGAUAACGAAGAGGUAUUUCAACUUUCAUCAAAUAAGCUCAAAAAUUGUGGCGUUAGUUUCAAUAAUGAGAGUGAAACUAUUGUAAGAAAUGAAAGAAAUAAUUGUACUAAGUUUGGAAUUCAAAAUGAGAAAAUUACAUCAGAAACUCCAAAGAACAACAGCAUCAAGGAUGGCGAAACUGUGCUGAAAUGGUUGUUAAAUGGCAUUGAUGUAACAACAUUUUUCGCUAAAUAUUGGGAAAAGACACCUUGCUUAAUUAAACGCAAAAAUGAGACCAAAUAUUAUUCAAAAUUGUUGUCUUUUGAAAUGAUAGAUAGAAUGCUUAUAGAAAAUCAUGUUGAAUUCACGAAAAAUAUUGACGUUACAAAAUAUGAGAACGGUAUUAGGGAAACUUUGAAUCCCGAAGGUAGAGCGUUGCCUGGAGCUGUAUGGGAAAAAUAUGCUGACGGCUGUAGUAUUAGAUUACUUAAUCCUCAAACUUUUCUUUCAUCUAUUUUCAGCAUUAAUUCAACUUUGCAAGAAUAUUUUCACUGCAUGGUUGGAGCAAACGUUUAUUUAACACCACCGAAUAGUCAAGGAUUUGCGCCUCAUUAUGAUGAUAUUGAAGCUUUUGUUAUCCAAAUAGAAGGAAAAAAAGAAUGGAAACUAUAUAACCCAAGAAGUAAGGAUGAAGAGCUUCCAAGAUUCUCAUCUCACAAUUUUAAUCAAGAUGAGAUUGGAAAACCAAUUUUGGAAGAAACUUUGGAAGCAGGAAAUGUUUUAUAUUUCCCUAGAGGUACAAUACAUCAAGCUAAUACAGUACCUGGUUUUCACUCUUUGCACAUUACUUUAAGUGUAUAUCAGAAGCAGUCAUAUGCAGAUCUUUUUGAAAAGUUAUUUCCUAUGAUUUUAGAAGAGGCAAUUAAAAAAGAUAUUGAAAUUAGACGAGGAUUGCCAUUGCAUAUUUGGAAUAAUAUGGGAACAGUUUACGCUGACACUCAGUCAAACGAACGAGAAGAAGUUUUAAGACAUGUUCGUGAUUGCAUGAAGCGAGCAAUUGCAGAAAUUCCUAUUGACAAUGCUGUUGAUCAAUUAGCUAAAAAGUUUCAGCAUGAAGCUUUACCACCAGAAAUUAAGGCUUCUGAAAAGUGUAGAACUAUUUUCGGUGAUAAAAAUUAUUUAAAUGAAAAUGGUGAAGUAAUGAGUAACAUAGAAAUAACUUUGCAAAAUAGAAUAAGGAUAUUAAGAGCACAUAUAUUAAGAUUAGUUGAAGAACAGGAUGCUUUAAGAAUUUAUUUUUAUACAAACAACUCGAAACAAUACAAGGAAUUUGAACCAAAUUUUAUUGAAAUUGAACCAGAAUGUGCUGAUGCUAUAGAAAUUUUAAUAAAAUGUUAUCCAGGCUACGUUUAUAUUUCAGAUUUACCACUGAAAGAUGACGAAGUAAAAUUAUCAUUUUGUCAAGCAUUAUUUGACAAUGGCUUAAUAAUGUUACAUGAUAUUCCUCAAGAAUAGUAACUUGUUUGCGUUAAUAAUGUUUUAGAGUUUAAGAGUAAGAAAAUUCUUUUUACAUAAAAAAUUACGAGUACAUGUUGAAAUGUAUUUGAAUUGAUUUUUAUCAAAAUUGGGAAAUACAUACAUUUUAUUGUACAGAAAUAUGAAACUGUAUUUGUAAGUAGUAAACACUUGUGUUAAGAAAGUUUUACAUAAAAUUUUUUAAGAAAUUAUAUUUCUUCAUAAGAUCAUUACGUUUUAGUUAUAAAAUAAAUAAUAAAGUUGUGUAAAAGCCAA